GUAAGUAAUUGGCUUUACAUUCCCAGAACCCUUCUUUGUCAGAGAUAAUUAACGGCUACCGCUGGAUCCUUUAACCUGCAAUUAAGAGAUUUGGUUCCAGGUAAGACGUACCGAGUCAGAACAAUGUCCCCCUGUCUCUUCCCGGUAUUUAUAAGCCGGCACCAUGUUGAAGGAGAGAGGCUCCAGUUCUGACCGGACACUGUGAAGGUUAUCAGGAAGGCGCCUAAACCUUUCCUUUGGCUCCAAAUCUGAAGCGGUUCUGGCUUCUUCCUGAUCUCACAGUGAUGGAGGAGGCCGCAGAAGAAGACGUAGCCGUCAUUGGGAUGGGAUGUCAUUUCCCAGGAGGUGAAGGACAGGAUGGUUUCUGGAAGGUCCUGCGGGAGGGAAGGAACUGCGUGGUGGAUGUUCCAGCUGAGAGGUUCGACAGCACCUUCUGGCACCACGCCGACUCCAACGAACCUGGAAAGAGCCUGACGGCGAAAGCUGCGCUUAUAGAUGGGUUCAAUGAGUUCGAUCCCGCGUUUUUUGGGAUCCCUGAACUGGAGGCCGACUUCAUGGAUCCUCAGCAGAAGCUCCUCCUGCAGUGCGCCUACAGGGCCCUGGAGGACGCGGGGGUGUCCAUGGAGGGCAUCAGUGGAAGCAGAACCGGCGUUUACAUCGGUUUGAUGAACAGAGACUACGAGAUGAUCAGGAAUAACGACCCUGGGACAAUAACCCACUACAACGGCAGCGGGACGGCCAUGAGCGUCGCAGCCAACAGGAUCUCCUUCUCCUUUAACCUCACUGGUCCUUCGCUGGCUGUAGACAGCGCCUGUUCCUCCUCCCUGGUGGCCCUGCAUGUCGCCUGCCAGGCCAUAAAGCAAGGAGACUGUGAGAUGGCGCUGUGCGGAGGGGUUAACUGUAUAAUAGAGCCGAGAGUGUUUGUUGCUCUCAGCAAAGCAAGGAUGAUCUCACCUGAAGGAACCAGCAGACCGUUCUCCGUCAGAGCAGACGGCUACGGGAGAGGAGAAGGCUGUGGCAUCGUGCUCCUGAAGUCGCUGAAAAAGGCCUUAAAGGACUGCAACAAAAUUUGGGGUGUGAUCUGCAAGACUGCUGUUAACCAAGAUGGACAUUCGGUGACUCCUAUCACCAAACCCUCAGUGACACAACAAGAGGAGCUGCUCAGAACGAUCUACUCCGACGCUGAAAUCGCAAACGUGCAGUACAUCGAAGCUCAUGGAACCGGGACUCCAGCAGGAGACCCAAUAGAGGCAGCAAGCAUCUCAAAUGUCAUUGCCAAGGCCAAACCUCGAGGCUCAGAGACACUCCGGAUCGGCUCGGUGAAGAGCAACAUUGGGCACACCGAAUCUGCCGCCGGAGUGGCCGGACUGAUCAAGGUACUCCUAAUGAUGAAGCACCAAACAAUUGUUCCCUCCGUUUUCUACUCCGAGGAGAGUUCAAGUGUAGACACAAAAACUCUGAAUUUGAAAAUCCCAACUCAAAUAGAACGAUGGGAGACAACUCCACCCCUGGGAAGGGUGAGCGGGGUCAACAGUUUUGGGUUUGGGGGCACGAACGCACACGUCAUUUUAAGAGAGUACAACUAUGACGUCGUUCCCACAGAAGCCUGGCAAAAGCUCUUUGUGUUGUCGGCUGCUUCUGAGAAAUCCCUGAUCCUGACCAUGGCCGACGCCUACCAAAGACUGGGCAGCAGUCACACCCUUGACUUCCACGCAGUCUCCUACACGUCAGCAUGCGGCAGGAGUCACGUCAAACACAAAUACCGAAAAGCCUUUUUAGCCUCUUCCCUCUCGGACUUACAGCAGCAGCUCAAAUCUGCACCUAACACCGAGGUUCAGUCGGUACACGCUGACCUCCAGGUGGUCUUCGUGUUUUGUGGGAAUGGGGUUUGCUACAGGGGUAUGUGCAGGCAGUUAAUGAGGCAAGUGGCGGCUUUCAAAGAGAAGGUCCAAGAAGUUGAAAUGGCCUUUCAGAUGUACAGUCCCGUCAGUCUCACUGAACUGCUUCUGGGUGAAAGCGACGAUAUUGAUAUUAGCCAACCGAACGUUGUCCAGCCUCUUCUGUUUGCGGUUCAAGUUGGGAUCGCCACCCUGCUGAAGCGCUGGGGCGUUAAACCCAAGGCCAUGCUUGGCCACUCUGUUGGAGAGGUCGCUGCGGCUCACUGCUCCGGUCUUUUGUCUCUUAACGAUGCUGUGAAAGUGCUGCACCACCGCAGCACUCUUCAGAGUAGAGUCACUGGAGGAAAAAUGCUCGUCGUCAGCAACGUGGCUGUAGAAAAGGUUUUAGAGGUUCUCCCAGUCGUUGGUGGAAAGGUUUGUGUGGCUGCAUUCAACAGCCCUGAAUCCUGCACUUUGUCUGGAGAUGCAGAUGCUGUGGAUGUUCUCCACGAGAGGCUGAGGCUCAAAUUUGCGGCGAGAAACAUCUUCCUCCACGUCUUAGAUGUCCCCGCAGCCUACCACAGCCAUUUGAUGGAUCCAGUUCUAGACGACAUUGAGAGGAGCAUAGGUCUUCUGAAGGCUAAAAGCGCAGACUGUCAACUAUUUUCCACCGUUACCGGAGAGAGAUUUUCCAACGGUGAUUUCACUUCGGGUGCAUACUGGGCAAAGAACAUCCGGGAGCCUGUUUUAUUCGAAAAAACUCUUCAUGCUGUCUUUAAAGACAAACCACCAAAAGGAAAUCUGGUCUUUGUAGAGGUAGGGCCUCGAAUGGCUCUCCAGAGGUACAUAUGUGAAACUCUUGGGGAUGAAGCCAAAGUUCUCCCGUCAGUCCACCCGAAGAAAGACUGUGACACCAUCUGCUCAACUCUGGCCAGACUGUUUGAACUCGGCAUUAAUGUAGACUGGAGGGAGCUCUACCAGGGUUGUGAGACGUUACCCAGUGCUCUUCCAGUCUACCAGUUUGACAACAAACAGAACAAUGUGAAUUUUGAAGCCUUAAGAGGAGGUAAUGAACCUUCUGCCAUGUUUUGCUGUGGGAUUGAGUCCCAGAUAAAGCAGGCUAAGAAAGAAUUCACCUAUGAACUUUCUUUGAAGACUGCACCCUAUCUAUGGGAGCAUAAAAACAACAACGUUGCCAUUGUGCCAGGUGCAUUUUAUGUUCACUUAGCGUAUGCCUUGGUGAUGGCAAACCUGAAGCCAAAGAAGCCUGCCUCUCUGCUCCAUCUAGGUAUAAAAUUUGAGAGUGUACUUACACUAAACUCAGAUCCCAAGAAGCUGAAGAUGAUGCUGGAGCAAUCAGAAAGGAAAGCUUCAUUUAAAAUACAGUCAUCUGUCGCAACACACGCCUCUGGCACAUGUAGGUAUAAAGACCAGCAACCACUGUUAGAGGAAGCAACCAUUUGUCUGGAUGUGAUCUACCAAAGGUGCAAAGUGGUUCUGACACGAGAGGAAAUGUAUUCAAUUCUCUCUCAAGCGGGAUUUGAGUACGGCCCACUUUUUAAGCAUCUAAACGACGUGCGUCUCGGAAAUGAGUUCAAGGAAGCUGUGACCGCUUUUCAGGUUCCUGGUGAACUUGUGGAAAGUCUCCACGACUACUGCAUUCACCCUGUGGUGCUGGAUUAUUUCCUUCAAAUGACUGCGGUGGUAGCAAUGGGACAACAAGGAGCCAAGCAGGGUUUCCCAUCGCAGAUCGCAAGUAUUGCUUUAUCAGAACCCCUGCAGGAGACAAUGAUCAUGUAUCUUCGGACAACUCAAGAAUCUCAAGCAUUCCUGGAGGUGUGUGGUUGCUUUUCUACCACAGAGGGGAAGGUUUUGGUGGAAAUGAAAGGUGUGAGGAUUUCCUUCUUGCCCUCUGGUUCAGAUGUUCCUCAGUCGUUGUUUUUCCACAGUGAAACAGCUGCGAUAACAGGAGAGAGAGAUGUUGAAGACUGUAAAAUAAAAGCCAUUAUCUUUGAAGAUCAGCUGGGCAUUGCUAAAGGUCUCAGACCUUACACAUCCACCGAUUCAGUCACUGUUGGGAUCAGAAAGAGGUUAAGAACGCAUGAAGUUAAAAACCUAGUGUGUCAUUCGCUGAACAGCAAUAACAGCCUGAAGGAGGUUCUCUUUAUCUGGGGUGUGGAGAACCUCACUCACUUGUCCUCUGAAAUGAUCCUGGGGAGUCUUGUGACUUGUUGUGAGACAUUUCGUCAGAUUGUUUUGGCUGCCAAAGAGAGCAAACAUUUGUGCGCCAUCAAGGUCAUAACUUACAGAUCAACGGAAAUGACGGUGGACCACGUGAGUCCUGGCUAUGUGCUUCCUGGCAUGAUGAGAUCCUGCUCAGCUGAGGUAGCAGAUAUUAAUUUCCAGCAUAUUGAUCUGGCUUCUGUGACAAGUGAAGAUAUCCAAACGUUGGCUCAUGUUAUUAAAACUAACAAACAGCAAGAAGUAAGGAUCAGCAAUGGACAGGCAUGUACAAUGAGAAUAGCACAAAGUCCUGUUAAAGACAGUGACUUAUGUGAAGAGCCAAUAUCAGCCAGCCAGUCAGGAGACCUUGUCCUACAGACUACCGAUCCAUAUCAGAUUGCCAAUUUAUGUCCAGUCUCUGCUACUAACACGGACAGAAGUCCUGUUCCGGAAAGGUCCGUUGAAAUUCGGCUCACUAAUGUGUGCGUGCACACAUCCGACUACUUCCCAGUCACCACCUCCCAUUUAAAAUUUGGCAGGACAUUCUACUGGAACAAGCACGCGACACAGAACCACAACCUCCUGGCUUUGGAUUUUAGUGGCGUAGUGUCAGCCGUCGGUAAAGACGUCAAGACUCUAAAAGUGGGAGAUCAAAUUGCUUCAUGUUAUCCAGCUCCGGCAGCUUCACAGAUCUUGCUUCCCGAAGCAGCGUGCUACAGCACGAAGGCGCACCCCUUUUUCCGAGAGACGCCGUGCGUGUCCUACUUCAUCCUAGCAUGGGAGAUCUUGGAGAGGCUUUUGAGGGAACCUCGAGGAAAGCACAGGAAGUUGGCAAUCAUCUCCUCAGACUCGGCCGCUGUUUUCAUAAAGGUUCUUGCCCUCACAGCAAACAGGUCUGGUUGGGAAAUUUCCUGCCAAGCUAAUUUGUCCAAGGAACUGGCACUUUUUGACGCUUUUCUUUUCCUAUCUCCGAUUGAUCAAUCGUUUGAGGGAAUGUUUGGGAGUGGUGACACUGUGAAGCAUGUAAUCUUUGUCUUUAGCAGUCACAUGUCACCCUUAGUUUCUACAAGCAUAGUUGCAUUGAAGGAUGAAAACAUCCGUGUGCACCACCUUGAUGUGGCCUAUGUUCUCCAGAAAGCCAAUCUAGAGGCACAAAACAAAAAUGUCUCCAACUGGCUUUUGUCACUAGGCAUUCAUCCAGACUGUCUGCCUCAUAGAGAGGAUCAUCUUCAUGCAAAAGAGACUCAAACGGAGUCCUCUUUCACAACAACAACAGUGCAGCAAGUUGUUCUUAAAGAAGGAUCGGAUUGGUUUGCAUGUACUCGUAGCUCUUUGCCAACAAAAUCUGGGCAACUCUUUAAAAAGGGGUGUGUUUAUAUUGUGACUGGAGGUCUGUCUGGAUUGGGGCUUGAGACGGUUAAGUUCAUCGCUAACAAUGGCGGAGGAGGCAUUGCGAUACUGUCAAGAGGUCUUCCGUCUGAUGAAAUCCGCUUCCAGUUGGAUCUCCUCCAGAAAAGAAAUGGGGUUACUGUCCUACACCUCCAGUGUGAUGUAUCUGAGUCGAUGCAGGUGGAGGACGCCAUCACCAAAAUUGGGAGAAGAUUUCCAUCUUGUCUAAUCAAAGGAGUGUUUCACAGUGCUGCAGUGCUGCACGAUGCGCUUAUUGAAUCCCUUGACGAGUCUCUUUUCAGAAAGGUGCUAAAACCCAAAGUCAACGGCGCUCUGAAUCUCCACUUUGCAACAUUUCACAACAAGUUAGACUUCUUUGUUUGCUUCUCCUCCAUCUCAUCAUUCAUAGGAAACGCCUCGCAGUGCAACUAUGCGGCGGCCAACUCCUUCCUUGACACAUUGUGUCAUUACCGGAGAAACCUUGGGCUCACUGGACAGUCCAUCAACUGGGGUCCUUUGAACCUUGGUCUUCUGCUCAACAAAGGCCACUUUCAGAGGUUCUUGGAGGCCAAGGGGAUGAUGACAAUGGCCGUGCACGAAAUUCACGAAACUCUUACAAAGUGUCUGUUAAUGAACAGGCCGCAGCAGGGAAUUUGCAAAUUCAACUUCAAGAACCUCAACUUAAACGUCCUUUCACAAAAUCCAUCUCUCAGGGAGAGAAUGGCAAGUUUAGUGGAAACAGCACUUAAAGACGAAAUACACGAAACCCCCAAAGUUGAGCGUUCAUUAACAACUCCUGAGACACUGAGGAUAAUUGUCAGUGAAAUUCUCAAUGUAAAUGCAGACAAAGUCGAUGAUGAGUCCUGUCUGUCAGCGAUGGGCAUUGACUCGAUGUUAGCCAUGACUCUGCAGAACAAAAUCUACCAGGAAACAGAGAUAAAUGUGCCUUUGGUCACCAUUCUGGACCCCAACACCACACUUGCCACUUUAGUAAAUUUUGUGCAAAACAGCGUUUAGUUCAAUACAAAGCCUGUGCUUUUUUAGCGUUGCCUGCAAGAUGAAUCUCGGUCACUAACACACAAGAAUCCAUCUUGUACCGCUUCUGCAUCAACCGUUUGUGACUGGACAAAAAACGGUUUGGACCAAUCACGUUGCAAUAUUACAGUUUAAGGCGGGACAUACUCCUGCGACAAAAGCCUAAGUGGUCGAGCCCACAGCUUAACCAACAUAAACUUGGCAGCGCAGGAAGACGCAUGUGUAGCUGCUGCUAUCACAUCUGUUUGGUCAGAAUCCGCGCUUUCUUCUUUAAUGGUAAAACAGCAAGAAGUGCACUACCAACUUACCUUGUUGGAGUUUCUCAUGACGUCUGCUGCUUACAUUUUAAACCCGAUCAGCUUGGAGAGUUGUUGAAUGUCCCUCUUUAGCCCAAAAGGAUUAGAUGGGAGCAUACCCAGAUUGAUAAUAUGCAGAACGUGGAGAGUGCUAAACAUUGUCAGCCUGGCUGGCCAGGUUAGUGCUCCUUCAUCUUAAGGGAAUCUUUAGCAAAAUAAAGAAAAUAAUUGUCUGAAAUGUUUCGUAAUUAUCAUUAAAGAGCGUCUCUAACACUACUGAUUAAGAGAACAAAUAGCCAAGCAGAAGGUAUCAGUAAUUAAACCCAUAAAGAGAAAAGAGGACAGGUUCCUGACCAAGAUGGAAUAAAGUAAUGUUAGAGAAAGUAUCCUGUAUAUGCCUGGUGUUGCAGAUUUACAAUGUUUAUGCUAUUUUGUCACAAUAAAAAAUUUCAGCAAAUAUGAAAAUGACCAAACCACCAACUACCAUCCAUUGCCAACACAGACUUAUCCAUGCAGAGACGGAGGCAGGAGGCAGGGGUUCCCCCUGGACAUGUUGUCAGUCCUUCACAGGGCAACAACAAAUUACCUAAAUAAUUUUUUUGGACUGUGGGAGGAAGCUGGAGUACCCAGAGAGGACUCACAGAUGUACAAGGAGAACACCAAAAUUCCACUUAGAAAGAGGCCAAGCUGGGGUUGUAACCCGCAACCUUCUAAUUGCUGCACAAUUAUAUUAACCAAUGCUUCACUGUCCAGCUCUUGUGUAAUUAUUGUACAUAUUCAAAGGUUUUUAUUAUCAAAGGAGAAAAAAAAACCUAAUUUGCCA